AUGGGUCAUCAUUCAAAUGCAGCAACAAAGUGUCUCAACAAUCUCCAACAGACCACCAUCCACAAGAAAGCCACCAUUGAGGAUGUCAAAGAUGACAAUGACUACAGUCCACCAGCCUUGCCAGAUACCCUCAAGCACAGCUUUUUCUUCCUCGAUGAGGAUUCAGACUCGGACUCAGACUUGGAGAAAGAGGGUGAUGAAGAAGACAUUGAGGAGGAACUUAUCAGCCUCAGAAACAAAGAGGCAUUGCACCAUUUUGCGACAACCUUAACAGAGUCCCAGAAGGUUGCAGCAGAAGCUGAGCGUGCAGCAGCAAGCAAUCGACUACACCACUAUACAAGGAACUCGAAAUGCAGCCAGCGCCGCCAUGCAUUUAACUGCAAGGUGCUAGCAGCAACUGGCCAACAAUUUGUCUCAAAUAUGUUCACAUCAAGGACUCAGAACACAACAGAGACAAAGUCAACAGACAAAGUGGCUAGCAUGCCACAUGAUGACCCGUUCAAGAAACCAGGCCAUUAG